AUGACGAAAUCGGCGAUGCUACUGCUCAUGCUGGUGCUGUUCGAGGGCCACUGCCGGACGACGCAGGCCCAGCACAGUGAUCCGUUUAUUGAGUUGACCGAGUUCAUCAAGUUUCCCAAGAUAUUCGAGUACGAUGAUUUCGAUGACUGCCGGCGAAACUACCAGGGAGCGUAUGCUUAUUGUGUGGUACACGCGAGGAUCGUCCCCGAUGAUUCGUCCGGUCUGUGGCGGAAUAUUAGCAUUUUCACCAGAGACGAACUGCACUACGACCACGCUCUGCUGGAGCGCGGUGUCUGCAUUCAAGACUGCGAAAACUCUCUCCGCUUCCGCGGAGAGCUACCACAGCCGCGUGAUCUCUCGCCGUACGCUCUCUACGCCCAACAGGCACGAUCUUGCAUCAACACUCGUCUGAAAGAGGACUACAACCUGCACAUUGGAAGCCACGUCAACAUCUACCAUUGCUACACACCUGAGACUGACAAUCCCCCGGUUGAUUUUCCGGAAGUCUUGUUCUACAUCGUCGUAACGAUCCUCUUCACUUUCGUCGUCGGUUCCACUGCCUACGAUGUCCGUCAGCGGAACGUACAAGGUUGUCCGGGAACUUACUACAAUGAGGAUCCCAAGACACGCCGGGAACGCCUGCUGGUGGCAUUUUCAUUCCCGAGAAAUGUCUCCCGGUUGAAAGAUACCGGAUUCAGUAAAAUCCGGCUGGACCUCCAAUUUCUGGAGGCCUUAAGGUUCAUUCAAAUGUGUCGAGUAGUGUUCCUUCACAUUACCUUGGGUCACAUUAAAGUGCCCCAAGCCAAUACCGACUUUAUGGAGAAUCUUCAAGAGGAUCCGAUAAUCAUCUUCUUCAUUGCGGAGUUCCAAAAUUACAUUCAAACAUUCCUCUCGAUUUCCGGGAUGCUAUUGACGAUCAACUUCCUGGAGCACAUCAGAAAAAAUCCGGAUUUUGACGGUUCUAUUUUCUGGGAUAAGUUGAAGGCUCGGUUGUGUCGGAUCGUUCCGGCAUACGCGUUCGUAAUUCUCUUGGAAUGCUCCAUCCUGCAUCGGUACCUAGAUGGACCGAUUGGACAACACUUUAUCGGGGAAGCUGAACAGAACUGUCGCCGCUGGUGGUGGACAAAUCUGCUGUUCUUCAACAACUACGUCCGAACAGAUCAACCGUGCCUGGUCCAAUCCUGGUAUCUAGCAGUUGACAUGCAACUAUUCAUCUACGGGUUGGUGGUAAUGAUGUUGAUCUGGCGAUGGCCCUGGACGAAGAAGUACAUCUUAACAGUGGCGUUCGUCUGCGCAGCCUUGAUUCCGACCUUGACCACGUACGCCAAAGACAUCGAGCCUGCAAUGACAAACCGGAUGAAGAAUGCCAACCGCUUCAAUCGAGAGCACGACUAUCAGUAUGAUAUCUACUUUCCCUUCCAGCAGAACAUCGGCACGUACUCAUUUGGCAUGCUGGCUGGCUUUUUAUACCAUCGGUAUCGAGACUCACCGCAAACCCUUUUGAAGUCAAAGUGGUUCAGUGUGACAUUCUGCGUAGCACUUGUGUACUACUUUCUGAGCAUGUCGUCCGUGUACUGGGUGCUCGAGAACCGCAACCAUAUGCAUCCAAUCCUCAAAGCCAUCUACUCGACGUUAUUCAAACACGCCUGGGCAGUUUUGACGACCGUCCUGCAGCUGGGUCUGGCAUUGGCUUCCAGCAAGUUCCUGUGGAAGAGAUGCUUCAGCCAUCCAUUCUUCGGCGUAGCCGGGAAGCUGUGCUACGGAUUCUAUCUAAUUCACUUCACGAUCAUAGAGCUGGUGUACGCAGGCGUCAAGGCCCCCGUCUACUCCGACGAACGGGGAGUGUCAAACCUUUUAGCGCAAAUUUUAUGGUGGACACUGAUUUUCGGAACGCUGUUGACCUUGCUGGUGGAGUUGCCGUCUAAUGCAUUAUUGAAGGAGCUGCUGGAUCGGCGAAAAAGCAACAAGGUCCAUGAAAUCCGACAAACGCAAGGCCCCAACGAGCAGAUCGUCGAGCACGGCAACUGAAAUUUAGUAUUCUUUGCCAGGACUUAU